AUGCGGAGGCAAUCGAAGAUUGAUGAAGAUAAUGCCGGGCACUCGAAACAGAAAGAUAUUCUUGUGUCGAUUAUCCUCACGGAGUCGACUAGUAGUUUGCUGAGUUUGGAUGUACCCAAUUUAGAAGAUUGUGCACACGUGGAGCAAUCUUCGUGUUUCAUAAGGCCUCUUUCUAGCAAUGAAAUUUCUAAACGAUCAUCGUUGUUUUCUUACAUUUUCGGCUUCGGACAAGAUCGUUUUAAAGAUGAUGAAGAUAUCACGACUGAAUUCGCCUUCUUUUCGGAUCAUUUCAACGCUGAAAGUGCGAGUAAUGUUGAUGUAACUGAAGAUAAUAAUAAUGAAGAAGAUGGUGAUUGGUAUCCUGAUGAUAAUACGUUUUUAUCUGAUGAUGAAAUCAUUGAACCGAUGGAGAGAAACUUACAACUUGCGCGUGUAUAUAUGAAACCACUAGUAAAUGCAAAAACAAUCGUGCAUGGGAAUAAAUUCUCGUUUGAAGAUAAUGAAAUAGUUGUGAAUCUUAUUAAUCAGGAUGAGGAUAAUACUUCAGUGAGUUCAGAUCUUAUAUGUCGUAUAUGCCACGGUGGUGAGAGUGCAGGAGAUUUAUUAAGACCAUGUAGAUGUCGUGGAACCAUCGCUUUGGUGCACAUUGAUUGUUUGGAACAUUGGCUGCGUGAAUCUGCGAAUAGUCAUUGCGAGCUGUGCAAACAUCACUUUCGAAUUGUACGCCAACCUAGGUAUGGAUUACUAUGGUCUGUAUUCGUGUAUCUUUCGGAUCCGGGUGAAAACUUGAGAGAUGUUGUACUGGACCUGCUCGCGUUUAUUUUUUACACGCCAUCGGCCAUCAUAACGACUUAUAUGCUGAUGGUGAUCUGUGAAAACAUGGCGAAAGCACACAUUAAUCGUACGCGGAAUCUCUCAGCACAUUUGGUUGCAUUUUGCGCGAUUUUUGGCAUGGCUGCCAUUGAUUUUACGUAUUCAUCGUGGUUGAUACUAACGUUUCAACGGCAUAUGAUUUCUUGGCGUAGCUGGUAUCGCAACAACAGCUAUUUGAGGCUUAUUCUUCCGGAACAUAAGAGAAAGAGUUACACGAAGAAAAAUAAAGUGCAGGGAAAAUCAGCUGGUAGCAGUAGAAAUCCUGAUGAUUCCAAUGCAUUCGGUGGUUUAAGCACUGAAUAAAUACCACGGGUCUUUCCUGCCUCUGAUGAACUCGUAUAAUUUUUAUUGCAAUAUAUUUUCUAAUAUAUCAAUAUAUAUUAAAUGAAG